AUGGCCGUCGCCGUCGCCCACGCCCUCAUGCGCACCACACGCGGACGUCCAACCGAUACACCGGCGUCUCCAUCUCCUCCUCCUCCUCCUCCGUCCUCCUCUCCGCCUUCUCUCUCCGAUGGCCUCGUCUUUGAAGCCCACCAAGACACCGAAAUCGCCUCCUCCUCCUCCUCCAAUUCCACCACCACUCAACCACUUCCACCUCCCGACACGCCCCUCUCCAUCGCCACCGCCCUCGUCGGCCUCGUCGCCGCCUCACACCACACUUUUCACGACAUUCUCGACCUCCCCCUCGCGCCGCGCUCCCGCACCGCUUCCUUGCAGACGCUCCGCCGCGCCGUCCAGUCCCUCAAGCUGACGGCGCCCCUCGCCCUCAAGUGGCUGCGCCGCGUCGAGUCCGCGCCCGACUUGCUCCCGACCGGCGACAAUCGCCCCGCGCUCGUCGACGUCGAUGCGCUGAUUGUCAUUGUCAGCGAGGCUGUCGACGCCGUGUCUGCCGCGGGGCAGGUACUGGUGGCGGUGGUGCGUGAGGCGGCAACGACGACGACGACGACGGAGGGGGACUUGCCGACGCGAUUAUCGGACGCGGUGCCCGGGUACACGCCCGAGAUUGUGGCCGUCAGCGAGCGCAUCCAACAGGUGGAACAUCUACUCUCUAAGCUCCUAACCAUUCUGCAAAUAAGAUCCCCCGCCGAAGCCGCCCGCACCCGCGCCGCCAUCGACGCCUCCCUUGCCCUCAUCAUGGGCUCCAACCCCGCCCUCGCCGCCUCCGUCCGCCUCAUGCCCGACUCCUUUGGCGCCCUCGCCGCCUUUCCCACCUCCCUCCUCGACCGCGCCCCGCCUUCCUACAGCCUGCCCCCCCCGACUACUACGCACAUCCCCGAAGAAGCGCUGCCCGACUACGCCGCCGCCGCCGCGUCCACCGACGGCUCCGUCGCGAUCCGCCCCGGCGGCUGGUCCGUCUUUGCGCCGCUUACCCUGGCGGACCUCGCCGCGCUGUCGCGCGUCCCGCUGCCGCUGCGCGCGGCGGAUUUGGUGUACGGGCGGUUUUAUACGGACGAGUUUGCGGCGGGCGUCGGCGCGCAAGUCUGCGAGCUGAUGGAGAGGCCCGGGUGGGCGGCCAAGGCAAAACAGUUGGCGGUCAUUCUCGGGUCCCGGACAGAGACCGUGGCGCUGACACACGAGGAGAAUUUCGCCCGCACGGUGGCCCUGGAGUCGGAGCAGAGCACGACGACAGAUGGGCGCCCGGGGUCGCGGCCGCGGCCCAAUAUCAUCAUUGGAGGAUCGUGA